ACGGUGUUUCAAGUUGUUUCCAAAUACAUGUUUGUUUGUUUGUUUGGUGCUUUCAACCGAAGUGAAAUUGUUUCCUAUCGUUUAAAAGAUAAAACUGCGGUUGAUCGUGAUCAAGCUUUGCAAGAGUUUCAUGUGAUUGUUUGACUGUGCAAUAAUUCUUGUUUUUGUUUUUUUGUUUGCUUGUGCUGUGGGAAACGACAGAGUGCUAACGAUUUUCUUUCAUUUCAUCGAUCCGAUCCGGUGCUUUGCAGUGCGACUGAGUGAUUAAACCAAAGUUGAACCAAUCAAAACACAAAAUGAAGCGAUUGGUCGUGUUCGCCGCCUUGGUGGGCCUCUCGAUGGCCCAGUUCCCCAACGGAAGAGUGCUGGAGGCUCCGAAUCCGCAGCUCUGUGCCAGCAGAAUCGUCCACGAGCGAGCUCCCGACGGCAAGGGCUAUUUCUUCUCGUGGCGUGAUCCAACCCUGGUCGGCGCUGAAAAGGACUGGCUGGACGCAAGGAACUUCUGCCGUCAGCGGUGCAUGGACAGCGUCUCCGUCGAGACCAGCCCCGAAAACGAGUGGAUCAAGCAGAAGAUCGUCGAUGGAAAGCAAAAAUACAUCUGGACCAGUGGCCGCCAGUGCGACUUCAAGGGCUGCGACCGCCCGGAUCUGCAACCGGUGUCCGUCAACGGGUGGUUCUGGACCGCCGAGCUGCAGAAGCUGGCCCCGGCCAACGUGCGCAACCAGAACGACUGGUCCGAGCAGGGUGGAAUCGGCAAGCCGCAACCGGACAACCGUGAACUGCAGCAGGGUGGAGCUCCCGAAAACUGCCUGGCCAUUCUGAACAACUUCUACAACGAUGGCGUGCACUGGCACGACGUCGCCUGCCAUCACGUGAAACCGUGGGUGUGCGAAGAGAACGACGCCCUGCUGAAGUACGUCAAGUACACCAACCCGGGACUGCGUAUCUAGAACGUAUCUAGGUGGGAGCUGCUUUCAGAUGGGAGACUUUCGAAAUUCCAAUCACAUCGCAUGUGACUUCAUCGCCUGCGUGACCUGCGACAAAAGGGCACAUUGUUUUGUGAAUGAAGAACGGAUACAAAUUUUCUUGUAAGUUUACUUUAGGGCGCAUUCUAGAAUGUAAGAGAGAUUUUUGUUUUGACUUAGGGAACCAUUUACGACUGCCAGUUUAGGUUGGACCAAGAAGAAUGUCAUCAGUUGAAUCGGAAGAUUUUUGCAAACUGUAUUGAUUUUAUAUUUAUUGAAUAAAACGCCAAAAAACAA